AACGAAGUUUCUCUCUCAAGAAAGAAAACUUCUUUACUUGCAUCGAAGUUAGGGAUUAUAGAAUUAAAAGAUCGAAGAUAUGAAGUUGCUAGAGAACAUUUUGUGAUCGGUGGUGAGCGCUGUGCUACUCGGGCGGCUCGAGAGCGCUCAAAUAAAUUAUACGGCUUUGCUCUUAAUCCCAACAGUUCUGGCCUACUAACCAAUCAGAGUUUGACGGAAUUUUUAUUAGGAAACUACGAAAGCGCUAAAACUUUAGCCAUUUUGGCGCUAAAAAAAAACAGCCAAUUAUUUAUAAGUCACAUCCAUUUGGGCGCAGCGCUUUAUGCAUUGAGCGAUUGGAGCAAUUCCAAGACUGCCUUUACGGAAGCCCUCAAAUGCUCUGGACUAUAUAGUUUGAAGAAUGAAGAAAGCCAGCAAAUAGUGAAAGAUUGUGAAUUCAUGAUAAAUAAAUGUUCAGAGCGAGAAGUUUAUGAUCGGAAUUCCUUUUAUAAGACACCUUUAUUUUCCUUGAAUUUCGGAUCUCUCUGGCCUUCUUCAGUAAUAUCGGAUAUCCCUAAUUCUCUUUUACAAUUGUAUCACGAAGAGCCUUCUGUAUUUACCCCGCUUUCGACACUAGAAGAUAUAGAAAAUCACUUUUAUAAGCGAGAAGAAUACACUCGCUUGUUUGUGCAGACUUAUACUCGUUCUUAUGUACAGAAUUAUCUUCAGAAUUUACUUUAUGAGGAAAGCCUGAGUGGUUCAGAACUUUCUGCCGAACGUUUUAUUUCUAUUAUAGUUUACUUGGCUGUAUACAUUCGAACUUUUUUAGUCGCCCAUAUCGGCUCUUUCAUGUAUUCUAUGAAUUAUAAAGUUUUACAUGGGAUGAUAAGUUCCGAACUAUCAAACGCAGCCAAUGAAACCGGUCUUCAAGUAGACACGCAAUCUAUAAAUAAUGCGCUUGUCCCUGUCCUCUAUGAUUUUGACAUAUUAUUGGCCACUCCAGCGACUGCUGUAGUCAAUGAAUCUGGUAGUGUGGACAAUACUGGCCAAUAA